UGUCGAUUUUAGGUUCAACGUCAACAGAUCGCUAUUUGGAAAGAAACGUGGUAGGAAAGGACGAAGCAUUUUGAGUAGGUAUAAGAAGACAUUGAGUACUUUUACCGGCUUCCAUCGACGCUGAGAAAAGGGGUUUAUUUACUUGAAUAGGAUUGGUCAAGUUUGUAAACAACAAAGUAGGAGUGGAGAACUGUCUUUUAUAAAGGUGAUGGUAAUAAAGGAGAGCGAUUCUGAAUUGUUGUUUCAUGGAAAAGAUGUGGAAAAGGACUCGGAAGUCAUGAACGAAGCAGUAAACGAUUCAACAUUGCUCACAAACGAAAAAGCAGAUGAAGAAGGGAAUGAAAACGGAUACAUGGAUUUUAAUUCAAAAAAUGACAUAAAAGAAACAAUUCAGAUGCCGUCAAACGCGGAAUUACCCUCAUUUUUGGCAAAACUAAAAAAAACAAUAGAUUGUCCUAUAUGCACAGAAACACUUCAAAGACCUUUUACUACGUCGUGCGGACAUACUUAUUGUUACGAGUGUCUAAAAAGCUGGUUAAAGGAAUCGAAAUCAUGUCCCACUUGUCGUCAAAAGAUUCAUACCCAACCAUCUCCAGCGUAUCUUGUCUAUGACUUGAUGGGCGUGAUUGCUAGUGUAGAUCCGACCUUAUCAUUGCUAAAGAUCAGGGACGAUCCAUCAAAACGGCAGGAAGAGGUUUUGUUUGAUGGAAUAUUCCAAGGUACCGAGCCUCUGUACCCUACGGGCAUUCUCCAGGAUGCAGAAGAUGGAGUCUUAAGGUGUGCACGCUGCCACUGGGAAUUGGAAAAUCCUUACCAUUGUGACCAUUGUGGGUUUCAGAUUUCGGAUGAGGCCGACUCCGACCGGGAAUGGUUCUGGGAUAAUGAAGAUCUUGAAAGUGGAGGCAGUGAAGAAGAGACCCGAAGACGGGCAAAUCUUUCGCGGAGACCGCCGAUUACAGCUGUUCCAGAAGACUGGAUAGGAUUUGGAGAAGAAGCAGAAUCUGAUUUUUCUGGUGCGGGUGAUUAUGACUUGGAUGAUGAAUUCAUUGAUAAUCGCAAUGCGAGCCAGUUGUCCCCUAUUGAGAACAAUGAGGAUGAUUUUAUUGUUCCAGACGAAGAAGUAGAUGAACCCAACUUGGCAUCUCAGGUCGAAAGGUCUGGAAGUGAUGGUGAGGCUUCAAAUCAAGACAUCGACACAGAAGAGCUUGAAAAUAGAAAAAAUGAAGAGUUAGCUAGGGAGCUGUAUGAUUUGUAUGAUGAAAGCAGCGAUUACCAAAGACAUGGAUACUCAACAGAAGGGGAUCGCCCCUUAAAAAGAAGUCGACAUUCUCGACCUAGAUCGACAUCAAUGUUAAUUGACGAUGAUGAAGAAGACGUUGAUGACGAAGAAAUGCCUCAAUUUGGGCCACAUUUGAAUGCUGCCUUGGAAAGAAAUGAAAAUAGAUUUGAUGUUGACGAAGAUGUCACCGAUUCCUUUUCUUCUUAUGCUGCUUCAGCUGCUCCAUCCCGAAAACCGUCACGUCGGACGCGGACGAUCCACGUUGAUUCUGAAGAUGAAGAAGAGUAAUGUCAUAUGUAAAAACUACUAGAUACCGUUUCCCUUAAUGGCUCUGUUCAUCCUUGUCUGCUUUAUGUAUACUGUAUUAUUAUGAUUAUUUUUUGUUUCAGUAAAUAAAUUUACUACUUAAGUUACAGUGUCGUUGGGUUCGCUACAAUCGCUUAUCUCAAAACAUCACUACGUAGAACAC